AUGAAGAUGGCUGGGAGAGAAUCUGGUAGAAUUAAGGAUGCUUAUCAAAAGCGAAUGCUUGAUGAAGCUGCGCGGAAAAGAAGGCAAAGAAAAGCUUUAGAAGCUUUGGAGCAAGAUAAUUUUCAUGAUGACCCUCAUGCAGAUCUUGUUAUGAGCAAGAAAGUUCCCAAGUUCCAAGAGUCUUUAGAAGGUCGCGGAGCAUCCAGAAGGAAAAAAACUCGCUCUGCAGAAUACUACAAGCAGCGCUAUCGCAAGACUUUUGCUCAAUUAGUAGAAGAGGACGCAAACAAUAAUCCGAACCCGCCAAAUUACUCUUCAGCUCAAGCACCGCCUUCCAAGUUUCCUGAAAGACAUUUCUGUGCAGUUUGUGGUUUUCCUAGUAAUUACACAUGUAUUCCAUGCGGAGCUAGAUACUGUAGUGUAAAGUGUCUGGGUACACAUUUAGACACGCGUUGUCUUAAAUGGACAGCAUGA